AUUUUCAUUUAGAUAGUCUUAAAGUUGUUUAAUAAUUGAUUAAUUAAUUGCCUACAGGAUCAAAUAUUUGUGGAGGGAAUGCUUAUGUUUUCUGAAUUGAUUAAACAAUCACCAGCUAACUGUUUAUUAUGUUAUGAAAGUGAUUCAAGGUAUGAUUGCCUAAAAUGGACAUUAUACAUAUCUACAUAGACAGAAACCAAUUCAUAAUACUUUAAUUAAUAAGGUUGGGAUGUGUAGAAUGGACAGUCAUAAAAAUCACCCGAAUGUUAAAGUAAGAUAAGUGAUUAAAUCAGGACUUCCUAUGCCUUGUGAAACCGGUCUUUGUGGAAGUAAUAGCAUUGUAUAAUUUUAGUCAAUACUCCCACCUCAGUUUAAAUUAAAAAUAAGAAUUCGAUAUUACUUUAUUGAUAGUUGGGACCCUGAAACCAUUUACUUAUCUUUAAAUGAUGGGAAUAAUUACGAUACAUCUUUUUAAUAU